UGCAGCCAUAGAGCGUUCUUUGCCAAUGGUAACGCAGUAUAUUGUGAUGCAAGGAAAUGUUGAGGCACGAAUUUGGAAAAUAUUAGUUUAUGUAAACAGGUGUGUGGACUGGGUUACGUUCUGACGGAGAGGACACCAGUUGCGCAACAUGUCUGCUUCUCUUGUGGUUGUCAACCAAUAUGGACAGAACUCGCAGUUUUCACCAGAUGAGGAACUACUGGGGUCUGGAUCUUACACGGAUGACAGAACAUAUGACAGCUUGGAUGGGAGUUCUACAGAGCUGACAGAUGUGUUUGAGGAGGAGGACUGCUGUAAGGGGUCAUCAUGGAGUCCACCUGUAGCUAACCUCCAACUGAGGAUUUCUGUCCAGCUAGAGAACUAUCUUUCCAACGAGAGCCUAUCUGGAGAUGCCUUCCUCCUGAAACAUGUUCAGAGGAACAAGAUGCAGUAUGUCAGUCUGAAGCUGCUGUCUUCGUUCAAAAAGAUCAGGGAGCUGACUCGUGACUGGAGGGCCACUCUGGCCGCAGCCCGAAUCUCAACACGGCUGGAGGUGAACGACGAGGGGACCAAGGUCAGGCGAAGGGACCCUGUGCCUGACUGGCUGCUAUGUGUCCCCACCAGCAAGCUGCUCCUGGCCUGGAACCUGCUUGGGGGAGUUCGCGAGGGGGAAAGUGGAGAACCAGGCAGGGAACAGGUGGACCUGAUGGGGAUGGCCAUGCGACUUUUCGGCUGCCACGGCACCAUCACCUCCUUGCGCAUCCUCCGUCCGGGGAAGGAGGUGCCGGCGGAGUUGCGGCGCUACGCCAGGAAGCACUGUGAGCUGGGGAGGGAGCUGUGUGCCGUGGUGGAAUACGAGCACCUGGAGGGGGCGCGGAAGGCCUGUGAGGUGCUGCAAACCCGGCAGGGGGCCAGCACUGGUGUCAGGGUGGCUCUCCUGGGAAGCAGGAGUGUGCGCAAAACUGAUAGCGGCCAUGACCCUAACGAGGAGUCUGAGGAUGGAGUGGACAGUAUAUGUUCUCGGAAGCCCUAUCAGCGCAAGGCCCGGCGCCCUCCCUACUGCCUGGAGGACUCCGCCCUGUACAGCUCAUCUGAGUCCGAUUUCACCCCGGCUUCUCCCAAGCCAAUCCGUGUGGUCUCCCGGCCCCAGUCUCUGUAUGGCAGCCCGCUGGCCAUCCCCCGGGCCUCUUUUCCACACUCCAACCCUUACCGGAACCCGGUUACCAGCCCUGCAUCCAGCCCCCUUCUCCCUCGCAAGCUGUUUCCUUCAGGACACACCCCUUCCCCUCUGGCCACGGAUCUCAGCAGUAGUCCUUCCUCCUGCAGCAGCAAUGGCCGAAGCAAGUGUUCUGGGGACUACAUCUCCCAGGAUGGCCUCGGUUCGGCAGGAAGCCCAUGGGUCCAGCGCAGGAAGACUGCGGCCCAAGCCUUCUUUCCUGACAAGGGAGCUCCAGGACCGGUGGCACCCGGUGUUCCCAGGAGGGUUCCGGGGUCUGUGGCAGUCCUCCGUCAGCCUCUAGGUCCUGAUGGUACCAAGGGCUUCUAUAACUGCAUUGGGCGGGGGAAGAUAGUCCUGCGCCAGUGAUGGAGUCAGAUUGUACUGUCUGUCAGGUCGAGUUUCACUUACACUUUCGUUCUCACUAAGGGUGGGAAAUUAUGGGGAAAGAAAAGGCUACAUGUCCAAAUCUUGUACGCAGUCCUGCUAUGAAAAUUUAAAUGUUUUGUACCCAAAGUAAAUAAAGGUAAAAUGGUAACUGUCUUUUACUUUAUUGGACAAACAGUUUCACACUAGUCACACAGACUUCUCUAGCAGUCCUCCUUCAUGAUUAUGAAUACAUUUUCUAAUGAACACAGACGACAGACGUAUAAAUAAAUAAUUUAUUAAUGCCUUUCAAUAUAUCUGUUAGAAAACCACAAUCCUC